ACAAAAAAUAUGAAAUUUUAGAUUCUGUUAUGACAACUGCUCUUGAAGUAAUAAUUUUAAAAUUAAUCGGAUCAUUUAAAUUGGUGUACGAGAAGUUAAAGUGACAAUUCUGUUUCACAGUUUAAAUAGUAAACUUUAGUAAACACAUUCCGUUAAUUGAGCCAGGCCUGUGAUUCUAUAAUUCUUUGUCAUUCUUCGUUUAGUAUCCAUUAGUUUGGCGUUAGUUUGCUUCGGUACAGUCAAGCAUUGCCAAAGAUCGGCAAAGGUUUAUAUUGCUUUAAAGUAUAUUGUUUAGAUAUAAUAAUGGAUUUGAGGGAGGACAUUAAACGAGCUACGAAAAUUAAUCCAUCUCAUAAUUCAAACUGGCAUGUAAAGUCCAGGAGCCAAACCAAAAAUUCUCGUCCAAAUGAAAAACGUUUUACCAAUGUAAACUUUGAGCCAGAUGAGGAUCCAUCUAACCAUUAUUCUUCUAUAUCUAAAAUCUUCACCUGCCAAGACGAAGUGAUAUCCAAUGUAAUAGAAGUCAAUGGUGGUAUUGAUUAUUCCAAUGAAUCCAUUGAACAACAUUUAAGAUUUCGACAGUUACAAAAACUUAAUACUGUAAAUGUCAAUGAUAUGAAAUAUCUUGAAGAAAGCACUUCGAUGAAUUAUGACAUUCCUAGUUAUGAUACAUCCACUUCAGAUAUUGAUUUAAAUAAUAUAAAUAUUAUAGAGGAUAAUUCCUGUUCUGUAAAGCCAGAAAAUGAACAGACAGGUAUUCAAAUGUUUUCAAGAAAUGCCUUGAUAUCUGGAUUAAUUAAAAAUGAAGUGAUUCGUGUGGAGGAUUUAUAUAUUGAAAACACAAUUGCUAAAGAAAAUAGCCCUAUCGAAAGCAAUUCUCAGUGUGAAUCAGUUUCUGAUGAUUCACGAUGUCUAUCUUGUAAAGACGACACAACAAGCGAGAGUGAGUCAUUAGUAGAUUAUAAUAGUCCUCUUUUAGUACCCCAUCCAAAUGAACCAGAUUUCUUUGGUCAUCCUCUCCAAAUUUUUGGAAAGAUGGAAGAACAGGGUAUAGAUUUUACAAUUCCUUCUGCUGGUGUCAAGAAAACUGUUACACCAAGACAAUUUUUUAUGAACAUUCCAGAAAGUACAUUCGCUUUCGUAUCAAAGAAGAAAAUCGACAAAUCUAGUUGAGUGCAAGCGCAUGUUAUAUGCGCGGUGACGAAGAAAGUUGUCUUUCCAUAAUCCUAUGGAUACAAAAAUGAAUGAACUGUUGAGACUGGGUAUGUUGGGACUUGGAUCCACGCCACAUAAGAGUUAUUUCUGCAAAUAAACGAUUUACACGUAUGCAAA